CCCGAACAGCAGCAAAGAGGAAGCAGCCAAGCGAACCAUCUGCAAUCGAAUAACGUGGCUCUCGCUUACCACUGGAAAACCGCCACGAUUGAAGAUAUUGAUGGUAGUUGGUCUGCGUGAGCCACCAUGUGGUUUGAAACCUGGGCAACGUGUUUUUCUUUGCUGCUUGUCCGCGCUGGCGCCAAGGACUGCAAGAUGUCUGACGCGUACAAUGCCAAAGACUACGAGAACACGGGCUUCAUUUCUGCGUGGAACUAUGUCGCAGGCAUCAUCGCCGGAUUUCUCGUCUCUGAUAUUGACACUCGCAUGGCGUUUAGCAGCGGCAACUACAACGAAUCUACGGAUCCCAUUGAAUACGUCCUGGGAUUUCAGACUUCGUUGAACUGGGCUUCCCAUCUACUCCUAGCGGUAGCAGGCAUCCAAUUAGUCACAGCACCUAUUAUAUACUUUAUUCGCUCGACGGGGCGUUGUGGAGGCGAACGGGUUCAAAAUGUGACGAUCCUCUACGAGCACAACAUCGCUUCCUACACUUUGACGAUUGGAUGUCUCCUGGCCCUGAUAUUGAUAUGCUACUUCCUCAUGAUCUCCGCAUGCACUGGGGCGGGCAAAGGUUUGGGCUUUAUUCAAGAGAAGGCCCAUGACAUGCGCUCGGAUCUCAAGCUGUUUCUGGACAACAUGAACUGUCAGUUCAAUAUUUUCCUGGAAGCUGACAUCAAGCCUACUAUAACGAACUUCAGAGUAGCCUUCAGCCGUGGAAUGGAAAGCAAAUUUGUUACUGAGCUGUCGAAAAAGAUAAGAGAAGAAAUGCAACAGACGGAUAACUCAACAGGGCUCUACUCCAUCUACGGCAGCACCUUAGCCCGAGACCUUCGAGCGAAUAUCGAUGCUAACAUGGAUGACCCCAACAAGGCUUCCAAUGCAGCAACAUUGAGAGAUGCAGCGUUGAAAUGUGAUGCCUUGACGGCAGAGCUCUGGAAAGAUCUCAUGAAGCGGUUUGAUGCAAUUCAAGACACUGUGCGCGAUACCGCCGUUGACGCGCUGAACUUGGUGAAGACGUCGGAAGAAACAGUGGAACAGGCCAUCUUCGCGCGAACGCGAGAGGCCGGCGAUUCGAUUAUGGGUCAGCGAGGGUUCUUCGCUGGGUAUGGGCGUGAUCCUGAGCACUCAUUCGAAUCAUCUAAGAAAAUAGAAACAGCGCUGGCAUUGGUUAGCAGCAUAAUCAUCCUGUCACUCGACGUGGCACUUUUACUCAGCCUUAUGAUGGGCAGCUGCACACAUGAUCCAUUUGUGGUACCAACUAAGAGAACGAAAGCUGCUCACUACGCCGGCUACGCUACUUUAUGCGCGGCGUACACGUCCCUGCCUGCAUCUGCACUUUUGGUGUACAUUGCAUCACGUGUGAUGGUGUACGCUGUUUCUGGUGAAGCCGCAGUAUGUCGACCAUACAACUUGGGACAACCGAGCUGGAUGGACCACCUGUUGACGCCGCCAAAACCCAUAAAACCAACGAAAGCAGACAGCAUAAUUGAAUUCGUUACAUCUCCUAGAAACUUUCAGCUUUGCAAUAAAACAUUCGGGUCCACCUUGGUGUCGGACGUCGACCUUCUGGAGAAAACGGAGUCUGACUUCCUUCGUGACGUUCUUCUGCAAAACCUGACCAUCACUGGGUUCUCCCACAAUCAGAAUGUGUUGCAGGCGUUGUACGGCGCCAUUACUACGCUUAACGUGACCCUUCGAGAUGUGACGGAGACUGCCGUCCCAGCUGAACGAAUUGCUCUGGAUUACAACACAAGCAAGAAGAUACGAGUAAGUAAGGCCGUGGCCGAUAUGUCGAUGAAACUUCACAAUAAGCUAUCACUUCCUUUUUCAACGCUCGAUGGAGUGAAUGACGUCAUUGAACUUGGAUACAAAUCAUUGGUCGAUUCAAAAGUCAAUAUGCUCGAGCGAUCGCUUGCAGGAAUAAAGGAAAACAUCAUGUCCACCAUCGGCGACUGUGGUGCUCUGCAGCGGAUAUAUAACAGUGGAUUCUCCGUGCUGUGCAACAUGAUAAUAAGAAACAUGAACGGGCAGUGGGUGGCACUACUCAUCAUCGUCCUCCUGUUAAACUACACUUGUUACACGUCCUUCAAGCUAUCAAAGUAUUUCUUGCGGAUGGACAAUGUCACUUACGAUGAGGAGCUUGAAAAGCUCGAGGGUUCAGAAGGCUCUGAUCGCUACACUGAACGAACUGGCUCCCGGAGUUAUCUCACUGAAUCCGGCAUGCGAUCAUUCCGAGAGGUCAGCGAAAGAGACAUGAGUCAGCUAAAUCGCCUGGGACGGAUGUCAAAGUCCACCAUGCAAAGGCUUAAAAGACGCAGGAAGAAGCGAAGGAAACCGGGAGAAGGGCAGGAACCUCAAGAAAGGCCCACAGUCAUCCCAUCAGCGACGGGGAAGGAAGAAGGCGAAGCCUCCAGCAGCGAACAGGACAAAUUCGACCGAAUACGACGUUUGAGCAUGGGGAAUCGCAGGAAAAGCAUGGCAGUGGCAGGAUUUGACGCCUUCAGAAGAAUGAGCAUGAAAGUCCUAGGAGGCAGUCCUAAUUCCAGUGCUGUUGGCGCAACAGACGUCCGUCGGCAAUCUACAACCCAACCUAUCGUGCCUCAAGCUGUUCCACUCACUCAACCACCGUUCGUGUCGGGGGGUAAUGUGAAAGAUGCAAACAUUCACGCUCAGGAACCUCAGCCGCCAGGCAGCAUGGCAUCCGUGGACACCGUCACUAGCGCUAAAACACGACAAUAUGUUGUGCAACCUGCGGUAAAAUUUCCGGAUAUGGGAACUGGCUAUGUACAGAGUACGGACGUCUACAGGAAUCCCGAGAGGGAUCCGGGCUCAGUGCGCGUGCAGGGCACAGUUACGACAGCGAGUUCGACAAGCACACGAAGUGCAGGGCACGCUCAAAUCACGGCGGUGCCCAUGAAUCCUGUCAGGAAGCACAGUGCAGUUCCAACAGAUGACAUGGCAACGUCAAGGAGUUCAUUCAGGGACCAUAGUUCAGUUCCCGUGCAGGGCUCACGAGCGUCCGUUAGUUCCAGCAGAAGGAUUAGUACCAUUCCUGCACAAGGUACUGUUAAGUUCAAGGAUCAGCCAAGCUCAAUACAUCUAACGAGGGAGAGUGCGUUCAAGAGCCAGCUGACCAGCCAAGGUUCACUUCCAGUGGUGGGCCCAACAAGAAUGACCCCAUCUGCGACGUACUCCAGCCUCCCAAAUGAAAGAUACGACAAUGAUAAUUAUGCGGUGCGUGAAAUCUCACACGCCAACGAAAGCGAAGACAGUUUCAUAGAAAGGGAGUACGUCGCCGUUCCAGAAAUGGAGUUUAGGUCUUAAGACGCACUCAUAGCGUGCACUAGAGCCGACUAUGUUACUCCAUUCGGUGUAGCAACAACAGUUCUGUGAUAUUGGUUACACGAGGCAGAAAAAAGGGCGAGAAGCUCUGUAUAAUAGUAUUCCUUGAAAAGGCACCAUAAAAAUAAAGUGUACUAC